GCGAAGAUCUGAGGAAACUCACUCUCCCGUGUCUCGGAUAUUUUACGGUGCCACGGACCCGCUCCUCAACUCUUACUUUCCAAUCAUCCGUUCAUUUCGGCACCUGGAACCAAGAGCAGACCUGUCCCGAGAUGAUGUUGAGUGUCGGUCUGUUCGUGUCUCUGGCGGUUUUGUCGGUGUCCGUUACCGGCAGCAGUAACGGGAACCCGCUGGACAGUGAUAAGUGGAUGAGCACCGUGUCCCAGUACGACAAGAGCAAAUACUGGAACAAAUUCCGCGACGACGAUUACUUCAGGACCUGGAAACCCAAUAAAGCACAAGAUCAAGAGACGGAGAGCGCGCCGAGCCCGCGGGCAGAACUGGACUCGAUGGCCAAGAGCAGAAACACUGAUGGUCUGGACAGCACUAAAGAUCCCUGUCUGAAGGUUCAUUGUCCUCCUCACAAAGUGUGUGUGAGUCACGAUUUCCAGACGGCUAUCUGCACCAAUCACAAACCUGCACAGCACAGCAUUAAACCCAGGAAAGGAAGUCUUCCACAUAAACGCUGGAUUGGAGCUAUGAAUCAUGGGAACUGUAGGCCAUGUCCUGUAGUUCACUCCAGUCUGGUGUGUGGCUCUGACGGACACACAUACUCAUCCAAUUGUAAACUUGAUUUCCAGGCGUGCAUCUCUGGUAAGAGGAUCUCAGUGAAGUGUGAUGGUCCCUGUCCCUGCCUGCCUGCACAGGAAGUCAUCAAACCACACAGACAUACACACGGCUGCAGUGAUGCUGAUUUGAGAAGUUUGGCGUCCCGACUGAAAGACUGGUUCAGAGUUUUGCACACAGAUGCCAACAGAGACCUUAAAAUCAGCACAAGUGACGCUGCACAAGGACGUUUUGACACCAGCAUUCUGCCCAUCUGUAAAGAUUCCCUCGGCUGGAUGUUCAACAAGCUGGACAUGAACUAUGACCUCCUCCUCGACCAAUCAGAGCUCAGCGCCAUUUACCUCGACAAGUAUGAGCUGUGCAUGCGACCGCUGUUCAACUCCUGCGACUCUUUUAAAGACGGAAAACUCUCCAACAACGAGUGGUGCUACUGUUUCCAAAAGCCCGACGGCAUGCCGUGUCAGAAUGAGAUGAACAGGAUUCACUCUCUCAACCGACGGAAGACUCUGAUUGGUGUGUAUGUGCCGCGCUGUUCUGAUGACGGCUAUUUUAAGGCCACUCAGUGUCACGGCAGCACCGGUCAGUGUUGGUGUGUCGACAAAUAUGGCAACGAGAUCGCAGGAUCCCGCAGACAGGGCAACCCUUCAUGUGAGGAAGAUCAGGAGACGUCCGGAGAUUUCGGCAGCGGCGGCGCCGUGAUUCUAUUGGACGAUCAGGAGGAGGAGUCUCCAAAGCAUGGGCGGGGCAGACAGAAAGAGAGGCGGGCUCGGCUCCACCCCCGCGGGGCGAUCGAGGACGACGAAGACGCAGAGGACGACGAGAUGGGCUACGUCUGGUAGCUCCGCCCACCCAUCUUCCGCUGAUUAACCAGGGACCCAUGUUAAAAUGCACAGUUCUGAAGCCAUUCCAGCUCCGCCCCCUCGGACACGCCCACUUCCUCAACUGCUCCCAUUCCGAUUCUGAUGUUUGAUAACCUUCCUGAUUAAUUACGGCUAUCCGUCCAUCUCUCUAUCAGUGGCCAGCUGUUCAUGUUCUCUCCUCUGCUCCCCCUUUUGACGGUUUACACGCAUGACAAAAUCUUUCAGCAUUUCAGGGGUUUCAUUUCAGGCGUUGGAAGUUCUUCUCAGAUCUCCUUUUAGAGUGUUUGCAAUAGAUUUUAGAGAUGUUAUCUGUGGUCGUAUGCAUGAACGCCACUCCAAAACAGAAGCGACGGCCUUUGAGCGAUGGUGGAGAGCUGGUGGGCCGUUCACACAGAAUGCGUUCUGCGACCUUUUCCGUUUCAUUUUCGUUCUGAGAACGCUUCCUGAGUGAACGACCCUUUAUGCUACAGUCACAUCAUGAGAUAAUCGGGUGUUUCCUCAACUUCAGUCACAUUAAAACUCAAUUGGAAACUUUUUACCAGGGCUUCAUUAUUAACUUUUGGUACUUUUUAAAUGUUUUUUAUGCUUAUACCUGUAUUUGACUGUUUUCGCCAGGGCUGGACUGGUAAUCGGGCAUACCGGGCAUUUUCCCGGUGGGCCGACACACUUUGGGGCCGAUCAGGGGCGGACUGGCCAUCGAGCGGGCCGGUGGGUCGGCCGUGAAACGGGCUGAAUGGGCCGCGAUAAGCUAAAAUGAGCUGCCGCGUUGUGCAGAAAAGGACAGCGAACACCCCCCGCUCAUCUUUUGGGCCAGUUGCCAUGUCAAAUCCCGGGACGAUUUCUCUUCCCAGUCCAGCCCUGGUUUUAGGCUUGUACCAGACCCAGACUUUCUAUAUUAAACUAUACAUUAUAAAAACACUAAUUAUUACAUGUUUAACCCUGGAAGACUUUUUUUAUUUAUUUAUUUGUUUAUUUUACUGAAUCCAAUUGGAGUAGAAUUCCUUGACUUAGCUGCACAUUUGGUAUCUGAAAACAUACAAAAACAUCUGGACCAUUUUCCUACAUUUGACUGGUUUUAUUUCACUUUGAUACACGUGUUGUGUUCCCGGCCGCUGGAAAUGAAUUACAACAUACAGAAAUAUGAAGUGUUCAGGAGCGCCACAAUCUACAUUAACAACAAUUAAUAUAUUCUGAUUGACAACAUCAUCUACAAUUUAGGUGAGCACAACACACACACACACACACACACACACACACACACACACACACACACACACACACACACACACACACACAAACACACACACUCUCACUCACACACACACACAUUCACACAAACACACACACACUCAUUAACAAACACACACACACACAAAACACACACUCACACACACAUUUACAAACACACACACAAAUAAACACACUCUCACUCACAAACACACACACACACUCAUUCACAAACACACACACACACACACAGACACACACAAACACACACAGACUCACACAAACUCACACAAACACACACA